AUGAGGAUUUGGGCACCCAAUCUACGGUGCGGCAAAGCAGAGAAGAUCGUUCAGCUUCUGAACCGCUUUCGACCAGAACUUUCCCCCUACGAAGAUGUGUACAAGCGAAUACACCAGAAUCCGGAGCUGUCGCGUCAGGAGCUGCAAACCUCCAGGAUUGCCUCGGACCAUCUCAGAGCACUAAACUUCUCGGUACACGAAGGUAUAGGAGGCUAUGGGGUUGUUGGCGUGCUUGACAACGGGCCUGGCCGCACCAUUCUCCUCAGGGCCGAGCUCGACGCCCUUCCUGUACUGGAGAAAACGGGUCUCCCCUAUGCCAGCAGGAAGCUCAUGGUCGACACGGACGGAAAGGAAAAACCGGUCAUGCACGCAUGCGGGCAUGACAUGCACAUUGUAGCCCUCAUGGGAGCUGCUGCGCUUCUCCAUGCCGCCAAGGAACAUUGGCAGGGACGCUUGCUCAUUCUAUUUCAGCCCGAUGAGGAACGUGGUGGCGGCGCGCGUGCGAUGGUAGACGGCGGUUUGUAUGGUCUAGAGGGUGUUCCCAAACCGGACUUCGUCCUCGCCCAGCACAUUGUCAACAACAAAGUUGGAACUCUCCAGAUCGGUUCAGGCUACUCGCUAGCGGGCAAAAGGACGUUUCGGAUCACCAUACCGGGAAGGGGAGGGCAUGUUGGUUCUCCUCAGGACUGCAUCGAUCCUGUCAUCACCGCUUGUCAUACUGUCGUUCGCCUCCAGACGAUCGUCAGCCGCGAGAUCAAUCCCAAUGAUACGGCCAUCGUCACUUGCGGGAGUAUUCGUGCUGGAGAUACGCCAAACGUCAUUCCCGACAACGCCGAGCUUACUGUCGAUGUCAGAGCGUACUCCCCUGAGGUACUAAGCAAGGCAGUCCACGCCGUCAAGAGGAUUGUGAAGGCGGAGUGUGAUGCGUCCGGCGCUGAGGCAGAGCCGGAAAUACGAGAGAUUGAACAUGUUCCGCCGCUAAUCAACGACCUAAGAGCCGUCAGCCCAGUCGAAGAACAGUUCAAGGCAUUCUUCGGUGAACAUUCAGUUGAAGCCAUGAAACCCGACAUGGCGAGCGAUGAUUUCUCAAUCCUGGCUCCCGUCGGCGUUCCGUACGCCUACUGGACACUUGGCAGCACAGAUCCACGAGUCUGGGAUGGGUUUGAGAAGGAUGGAAGACUACAUGAACUGCCUGGGAACCACUCGCCACUGUUUUCACCUGUCAUUGAACCUACCUUGAAGCAUGGGAUUGAGGCUCUAGAGACAUUGGGUGGAAAGAAUGAGGGGCAGCCCAACGUCGGUGUUUCGGUCGAAGUCCUGGGCGACGACGAGGCCAAAGUCCUCGAUGGCGCGGGCGUCAAGCGAGUUGGUGAACCAGAAGAGGACCUGUAUUAUCACUCCUCCCAGCGCACUUUCUUAGUCCAGCUCAUUUUCCCAAACAUUUCACCCGUCCCACCAUUCGCCUGCAGAUUUAUGUCUAGUCACCGGACAAGUGAGCACAUCCUGGCCGCCCAGUUGGCCUUUCACUAG